UGCUAGUCAGGAAGAUCUAAAUCUGUAAGUCCGUCAAUUACAGAAGGAGCCGAUGAUGACUCAGUUCAUUCCAGACACCUGCUGAUGUAAAUCACAUGCUAUUAGGAUGCCACACAGUUAAUCAGCACUGGGACAUACUCUUUAUUUAGACAGUUAAAGCACAUUUAGUUCAUGUUGUCUUAGCCUCACCAGCCACCAGACGGUUUCUUUGGGAUAUUUUAUUUUACCAGAAAGAGCAGUAGGACUUCAAUGUGAAAAAGGAUGUCAGAGACAGAAGAAGCAUCAAUCAGUCAUGAAGACAUCAGAGACAUACGACGAGCCUUUGAAGCUGGAGGAGUGCCUGCAGUCAUGACUUUACUGAAACACAAACUUGAUGAAAUGUCUAAAACAAAGCUUGAUAUUGCAGUCAUAGGUGAACCCACUGUUGGAAAAUCUGUAUUUAUUAACUCCAUUCUGCAGCUUGGCAAGGAAGAGGAUAUCUGUACUAACCUCAGAACAUCAGAGACGAAUAAACUACCAAGUGCAUACUGCCAUCCAAAAUUCAAUAACGUUAAAUUUUGGGAUCUUCCAGGCAUUGGGUCACCUAAUUUUGCAGCAGUGAGCUACCUGAGAAAGAUUCGUUUUCACUACUAUGACCUCUUUAUCAUCAUGUCCUCAAAUGUCUUCAACAUCCACCAUGCCAACCUAGCUAUGGAGAUCAAGAAAAGGGGUCGAAGUUUUUGUUUUGUGCGUUCUAAGGUUGAUGCUGAUUUACUUGUAGCCAAGGCUUACAGACAAUAUGACUAUAAUGAAUGGAAAGUUCUUCAGGAAAUUAGAAAUAACUGCAUCGGUAGCCUGCAAAAAGUUGGUAUUUAUUUACCAACAGUGUUUUUGCUGUCUUCAUUUCAGCUGGAGAAAUUUGACUUUCCUGUUUUUUGUAAUGCACUUUUACAAGAACUUCCAGGCAAUAAACAGUAUGUUCUUCUUUUGGCACUACCUGUAGUCACUCUCAGUUCUCUGGAAGGCAAAAAGAAACUUCUGAAAACACGACUGCACCACCUGUGUUUCCUGUCUAGUGCUGUUGCCACCUUACCAACCUCUGGACUUUCAGUUGUUGUUGACAUUAAUAUCCUUGUUAGGGAAGUUCAGAUUUAUUGUACACAACUGGGUCUCGAUGAUGCCUCGUUGAGUAGAUUGUCCCAGAUGUAUAGUAAACCACUCCACACACUUAAAGCUAUGAUAAAAUGCCCUGAAGCCAAAGCAUCCUCCGCACAUGAGAUAAAGGAGCUUCUGCUUACAAGAGCUGAAGCCACACUGCUGCUGGGUGAAGAAUUUGUGACCCAACUCAUGCCAGUCGUUGGGCCUGCAAUUGCUGGCAGCAUGUCAUUCUAUGCCACCCACAAAGCCUUAAAUGAAAUAUUGAAUGACCUCUUAGUGGAUGCCGAACAUGUUAUACUGACUGCACUCAAACCUGAAAGGUUAAGUGGAUCCUUUAAUCGGCUAGUGAAUAUUACUUGAGCAAUCUAACAGCUGAAUUUGAUUUAGAUUAAAAUAAAAACUGGAAAGAUAUGAAUUCUUCAGUAAAUAAUUGCAAGGCUAAGUUCAAAGCUAUCAAAACAUCUUUUCUGGAAAUUUCCAACAUAUAAAAAUGUAUACCAAAGAGAAAAAAAGGAAAGAUCUUCUCUGAAAAGUGGUACAAACUACAGACUCAAGUCCUUUUAAACAGUGUAACUUUCUCUAUUCUUCUUGUGGUGCCAUUUCUGUAAUGACCACAGUAUGGCGCUUGGGUGUUUUAGGAUAUAUUUCAGAAUGAAUAGAAAAAAUAAAAUUAAAAUCUGUACACUGAUUCUGGGAAUGAGACCAUUUUCAGAAAUAAAUAUG